UAGGGCAAGGGUCAUUCCCAGAUGCCUCUUUCCCCUUUGUGGAAGGCGGGGCGGGGGCGGGAGAUAGGAAAGGGACAGGAAGAAGGGCGAAGCUUGUAACGCACCCUCUCUCAUUGUAUCUCUUUGCUCUCCAUCUUCCUUAGACUAAUUUUUCCAUGUUGUUUGAAGGUCCCUGUCCGAAUCACUGUCUUCCCUCUUCCUGUUUGUCACUAUUGGUCUCUCUCACUGUCUCUGCCUCUCCUUGCCACCUGCCCUGUCUCCAUGGUUACCAUAGCUUCCAUCUGCAUAUUUUAGGAAUGAGUUGGUGUCCAGCUGGAAGACACCAAAUGAAGUGGGGGAUGAGAAAAAAUUCUAAAGAUUUGGAGAGUUCACCAAGGUCCUAGAUAAUUCAGAGGCUGGAGGCCCAAAGAUUCUAAAAAUAAAGUUCCUGAGAAAAAUAUUCACAGGAUAAUUAUCCAUUUUUACUAGUUACUGAUGCCAACUAGGUACCAAGUGCCUUACAUACCAUAUUUCCAAUUCCUCACAACUCUUUAAGAUGGGAGCUACUAUUUUCUUGUAAAAUAUGAUAUAAUAAGGUUAAGUAAGUUCUCCAGAGCUUCACAACUGUUUCUGCCCUAUUCCAAAGAUGGUCCUUGCCACUACACCUACCUACUGCCUUCCAGUCUAUGGGCCAUCUUCUCUGACAUCUGGGAUAUUCUUCUGGACUGACUUCUAUAUUCUAUCACCAUUACGAUCCCCUUCCCUUGGUUUCUGUCUUAUGUGAAAGUAGGACUCCUCCUUCACCCUACCCGACACCCCCCCCCCCCCUUUACCAAGGGGCUUGGAGGAGCUAGAAAGCAGUAGAAAAUGCAGAAAACAGGGCUUCUGCCCUGGCUCCCCAACCCUGCUUCUCUGAUUCCCAAUCCUUCCCCAAACCCUCUUCCCACCUUUUCAUAGACUUGACAGCAAGCCACAGAAAUACGUUUUUAGAAAAAUAAGUGUCCACUGGCGGUGCUGGAAAAGAUGGGUUAGGAUUGAAGGGAAGGUUGGAGUAAUGGAGGAGAGGCCAAACAGUUAAGUCAGAGUCAAAAAGACUGAUUCCUAAAGAGUAGAUUUCAUUGGGGUUCAUUUCUCUGUAAAAGCUCUCCUUUUUCGACCUCCCUUGGGGGCCUUCCUCAACAGUCUCUCGAUGAGGUAUGAGUGGAGGUUCUCGCUGAGAACUCUUGCUAGCCAGGAGCUCCUUAAACUGCGGAGAAGACGGAAAUAAUUGACCCCUGGUAAUUCUGCAGCCACUUCCCUCCCUGAGCCCGGCUUCCCAACCCUUAGUUCCGGCUGCCUGCUUCUCUCCCUCCCUUCUUCACCUUCUUGGUUUCAAGAGGGCGGACCUCCCUCCCUCGCUCCUACUAGAUUGGCCGAGAGAACCCACCAAUCCAGAGCUCCGGGAGGCGGGCUCAGAACGCCACCGGUUUGAGGAAGACAAGCAAAUUUCAAGUUGGCCGCGACGUGGGCUCCGUGUGGGGGAGGGGCUGCAGGUAAGGUUCGGACCUGGUGACUGACCUGGUUGGGUCCCACACUUCCAGAACUUGUUCACCCCGGCCAGACUACGAGACCGACGACGUUUUCCCGCAGCCUGUUGGAUCACUCCCCCCUUCUGGAUCCUUAUCUUCUCUCGCCUGGGCUCCCAUUGCUGUAUUGAUCAAAUAGCAGAGAACCGUUUUUCUCACUGGAUCUCUGACUAUCCAGGCCCCCUCCACCAUGGCCAGCCGGGGUGGGGGCCGGGGUCGCGGCCGGGGCCAGUUGACCUUCAACAUGGAGGCCGUAGGCAUUGGGAAGGGGGAUGCUUUACCCCCACCUACCCUACAGCCUUCUCCACUCUUCCCCCCCUUGGAGUUCCGCCCAGUACCUCUACCUUCAGGAGAGGAAGGGGAAUAUGUCCUGGCACUGAAGCAGGAGCUACGAGGGGCCAUGAGGCAGCUCCCCUACUUCAUCCGACCUGCUGUUCCCAAGAGAGAUGUGGAACGUUACUCAGACAAAUAUCAGAUGUCAGGACCAAUUGACAAUGCCAUUGAUUGGAACCCUGAUUGGCGGCGACUACCCAGAGAGCUAAAGAUUCGAGUCCGGAAACUACAAAAGGAGAGGACCACCAUUCUACUCCCCAAGAGGCCUCCGAAGACCACAGAAGAUAAAGAAGAAACAAUACAGAAAUUAGAGACCCUGGAAAAAAAGGAGGAAGAAGUGACUUCAGAGGAAGAUGAGGAGAAAGAAGAAGAAGAAGAAAAGGAAGAGGAAGAAGAAGAGGAGUAUGAUGAAGAAGAACAUGAAGAGGAAACUGACUAUAUCAUGUCAUAUUUUGACAAUGGAGAGGACUUUGGGGGUGAUAGUGAUGACAAUAUGGAUGAAGCUAUAUAUUGAAGAAAGGCUUGAAACAACACCCUGAACCCUCAUAUUUUUCUUGAUUUGGAAUAUAGAAAAUAAUUGUCCAUAUUAUUUAGUUUUGUGGAUAAAACAAAUCAUUUGCUCAGAGUCCACAUUAUCUAUUCAGCCCUCUGGAGAUAGAAAUGAUGACAGAUAGGAUUCUUUUUUCCCCUUCCCCUUCUGAAACUUUGUAACACUCUGAUUCUUGGGUAAAGGGAAAAGGGAAAAGGAUCAAUGAAGGGAAAAAGGACAGUGGAAAGAGUAACCAGGUUGGGGCUGGGGUUGUGACUCAGUGGUAGAGCACUUUCCUAGCACGCGUGAGGCACUGGGUUUGAUUCUCAGCACCACGUAUAAAUAAAUGGAUAAAACUAAAGGUCUGUCAACAUCUAAACAAUAUAUUAAAAGAAAGAAAAAGAGUAACCAAGUUGUUAGAACUGAGGUAACUGUAUGAAUACCCCUACCUAAUUUUUAGUGUUUUGUGUGUGUGUGUGUACAUAAUUGGGGGUGGGAGCAGUUAGGAAGAAUAAGACCAAUUUUAUAUUUUUAAAUAAAAUGUUUUUAUCUGUC